CCAGCCCGCCCGGGGCGGCGGCGCAGAGCCGGGCCCGGCGCACGAGGAGGCAGCCAGCGCGGCCAUGACGGCGGAGAAGGCGCUGCCUCUGGGCAACGGGAAGGCUGCUGAGGAGGCGCGGGAGUCUGAGGUGCUGACUGGCGGCGGCGGCGGCGGCGGGGGCGCGGUGUCCGCGCGCGACAAGCGCGACAAGGCGGUCCACGAGCGCGGCCACUGGAAUAACAAGGUGGAGUUCGUUCUGAGCGUGGCGGGGGAGAUCAUCGGGCUGGGCAACGUGUGGCGCUUCCCUUACCUGUGCUACAAGAACGGCGGAGGGGCAUUCCUGAUUCCCUAUGUGGUGUUUUUUAUAUGCUGUGGGAUUCCUGUUUUUUUCCUGGAAACAGCUCUGGGACAGUUUACGAGUGAAGGUGGCAUUACAUGUUGGAGGAAAGUGUGCCCUUUAUUUGAAGGCAUUGGUUAUGCAACGCAGGUGAUUGAGGCCCAUCUAAACGUUUACUACAUUAUUAUCCUGGCAUGGGCCAUUUUCUACCUGAGCAACUGCUUCACCACCGAGCUCCCCUGGGCCACCUGCGGGCACGAGUGGAACACAGAGAACUGCGUGGAGUUUCAAAAACUGAACGCAACCAACCACAGCCACGUGUCCCUGCAGAACGCCACCUCUCCUGUCAUGGAGUUUUGGGAGCGCCGGGUCCUGGCCAUCUCGGAUGGGAUCGAGCACAUUGGGGACCUUCGCUGGGAGCUGGCCUUGUGUCUGCUGGCGGCCUGGACCAUCUGUUACUUCUGCAUCUGGAAGGGGACCAAGUCCACGGGAAAGGUGGUGUAUGUCACCGCGACGUUCCCCUAUGUCAUGCUGCUGAUCCUCCUGAUCCGAGGGGUCACGUUGCCUGGGGCCUCCGAAGGCGUCAAGUUCUACCUGUACCCCGACCUCUCCCGGCUCUCCGACCCACAGGUCUGGGUAGAUGCUGGGACGCAAAUCUUCUUCUCCUAUGCCAUCUGCCUGGGUUGUCUGACCGCUCUGGGAAGUUAUAACAAUUAUAACAACAACUGCUACAGGGACUGCAUCAUGCUCUGUUGCUUGAACAGCGGCACCAGCUUCGUGGCCGGGUUUGCCAUCUUCUCAGUCCUGGGCUUCAUGGCAUACGAGCAGGGGGUGCCCAUCGCCGAGGUGGCAGAGUCAGGCCCUGGCCUGGCCUUUAUCGCCUACCCCAAGGCUGUCACCAUGAUGCCUCUCUCCCCUCUCUGGGCCGCCCUGUUCUUCAUGAUGCUCAUCUUCCUGGGCCUGGACAGCCAGUUUGUGUGCGUGGAGAGCCUGGUGACUGCCGUGGUAGACAUGUACCCCAAGGUCUUUCGGAGGGGCUAUCGGCGGGAACUGCUCAUCCUGGCCCUGUCGGUCACCUCCUACUUUCUGGGCCUUGUGAUGUUAACAGAGGGCGGUAUGUACAUCUUCCAGCUCUUUGACUCCUACGCCGCCAGCGGAAUGUGCCUUCUCUUUGUGGCCAUCUUCGAGUGCAUCUGCAUCGGCUGGGUGUAUGGAAGCAACCGCUUCUAUGAUAACAUCGAAGACAUGAUUGGCUACCGGCCGCUGUCACUCAUUAAAUGGUGCUGGAAAGUCGUGACCCCCGGGAUCUGUGCGGGCAUCUUCAUUUUCUUCCUGGUCAAAUACAAGCCCCUCAAGUACAACAACGUGUACACCUACCCUCCCUGGGGCUAUGGCAUCGGCUGGCUGAUGGCCCUGUCCUCCAUGCUCUGCAUCCCGGUCUGGGUCUGCAUCAAGGUGUGGAAGACAGAGGGGACACUGCCAGAGAGAUUCCGCAAGUUGAUGAUCCCCAGCGCCGACCUGAAAAUGCGGGGCACGCUUGGGGCAGGCCCACGGACGGUGGCGGUUAAUGACUGUGACGCCAAACUCAAGGGCGAUGGGACCGUGGCGGCCAUUACAGAGAAGGAGACGCACUUCUGAGCGCCCCGCCGCCUCGAUGGCCCUCCUCCUGCUCCUCGCCCCUGCCGUCCACCGCCCUGUGUACAAAUGAGUACCUGAACCGCGUACUGCACCUAGUGGUAGAGGCUUGCUCGUUUCUGGGUUUUGUUUGUUUGUUUGUUUUUUGCACAGGAUUUAUUAACAAGUUAAUUUUAAGGUGGCCGUGCCCACUCUGGUUUCAAGUCAUGCCCCCUCCUCCUCCCACCCCCCAACUGCCAUGUGAGUAACGAUGCGAAGAGAUAACCCUAUACAGGGACUUCUCAUGUGAGAAGGGUGUAACCAGCAUUCCCUCGGGGUUAGGAAGAACCUGUACCACAGGACCGGACUUUUUAUCCUCGGGCUGUGGGGUGAGCAGGUGGGAGCGACGUCUGCCUCCUCUGUCAGCCUCUGAACCGACCUGUCCGUGCCCCGCAUCAGUCCAGUCUGUCUGUCUCCACGCCACCAGGCUUCCCCUGAAGCCCCUCCCUUGCCCGUCCUCCCGGGCUUCCCGGAGGUGGUGGGUUUGCAGACAGUGAGGUUAUGUCAGAGAAGAAAACGUCCCGGCCGACUCAGGACUCCUAGGCGCCAGGCCCCCUCUGCCCUGGUCCCACCGAGUGACCUGGGUCUUCCCAGCCCUCCUGGGUCUCCCCGGUGGGGACGGCUGGGUCAGGUGAGCUCUGGGGGCUUCUGCCUGGCCUGGCCGCAUCUCUCCAGGGAUCCUUUGCAUUCCCCCUGGGCGUGCAGACCUGCUGUUGAUCUUGGAUUCUUCUGAAGACUUGCCACUCGUCACUCCCUUCUUUAAAGCAAGUUUAUCCCGGAAACCACGUGGCUUGAUUUCCUCCGUGAGAGGUUCCUUCUGGUGGAGACCCGCAGACGGCAGGGCUCCUCUGGGUCAUCUGCUUACAUGCUCAGCUCUGCCGCUCCAUCCUCCUCAGCAGGCUGGCUGGAGGCGCCUGGCUGAUGGUUCCUGGGCUCUGUCCUGGUUGCGGCUGUCUAUCCUACCACUGGCCCUGCCAGGGUCUGCGCCAUGUGACACCCCCACCAACCUCCUGGGUCAGAGCUGAGGUCGGGUCUGGAGCCGGGUUUCAUCCUCUGAUCCCUUCGUCAUCCCCCGACCUCGUCUCCUGCCUCUGACCAUCCCCCUGCCCUCUUUCCUCUCCUGCGUUCCUGAAACCCCCCAGUCCCUGCCCACCCUUCCUGCCACUAGCAGAGCCCCGGAAUCUUCACAAGGCUUCUCCUCUACCUUUUCCCCAGGAGCUGGCCCGCCUGCCUCUCUGGCCAAGGGGCUGAGGAGCCUCAGAGCUCACUGGCGUGGAGCCCUGGGCUCCCAUCCCCUCCCUCGCUCGCGCCGUCCCGGGGUCUGGGGCAGCGGCUGGCACUGCUCUGGGCCUCCCUGGCUGGUCCUGUCUCUUCCUUAAUUGGAUUUGAUGUCGAGCCUCUGCCUUGGGUCCUGAGUUACCUGGGGACAGGCAAGGUGCAUCCUUUGUCCUUCUUUCUGUGCCCAGUCUUAUGCGGUGGCAAUGCAAGCUUUCUCCAGAGGAUUUAAUUUCCUGUAAUAAACCUGCGUGUCUGAUUCCCCCAAACGCCCAGCUGCUCGGCCCCCAGCGGUCCCCGUCUGAAGCCCGCGUUUGCUAAGAGAGAGGCCAAGCGCCCCCCACCACCCAGGCAGGUCGAGGUGUCUGAUUCCAGGGCCCCCCUUUUGCACACACAGCCCGGCAUCUCCCUGACCUGUCUGCUCUGGUGGACCCCGGAAAUGGACGCAGGAAGAUCAGGGCCCCGGCGGAACCCCUGCCUGUGUCCACUCUCCUUGGCUCUUCUCACACCAGGCUGGGGCGGGGUCUCCCCACUGCUGCUGCUACCAGUUCCCCGCCCACCGCGGUCACCGACGCCUCCUCUGCCUCGCUGGGGACGCGCUGUUCGUGUGGCCCUUAACACGUCACUCACUUUAUGGGACUCGUGGGCCAGGGCGGAGGGAGGGCUUUUGUUCUUCGCUUUUUGUAAUCUCCUACUGGUACCUGGGUAACUUGGGGAGGCGUGCAGGGAGGGAAGUGUGGGGGCAGGCGAAACGUCAUCACAGUGACUCUUUUUGAUAUUCAUUAGAAACAAUACAUCCUUUCUGAGAUAUUUACAGUAUUAUUAAAAAAUGAAAAAGGUUGUACUGUUUUGCAUAAUGAACGUUUUUAUGGGGUAUUCAAAGGGUACACGAUUGUCUGCUUACUCAUUUUUAAAAAUUAAAAGAAAUGAACCAAC